UGCAGAGAGCAGCGAAGUCAUUAUCGAAAGUGCAUUGAGAACACAUCAGACGCAAAACAAAGCGAAAAAUUUCUUCAUUUAUUUUGUCAUUGGGAAACAUUUCAUCAAAUUUAGACGAAAACUGAACACAGAUUCGAUGUUGAUUGCAGUCUCUUCUGUUUCGAUAAGUCAAAUCCGUUGUGAUUUCCCAUUUAAAAUUCAAUGUCGAUGUUAGUGUCGCUGUGUUUAUUAAAAAUUGAAAUUGAUCUGAACGAUAUGAGUGAUGAGGACAAUGUAAAAUCGGGGGGUGCAGCAAAUGUUCCAGCGAAUUCUCGCGUAAUUCGUGAACAUCGCGGUCAACGCAAACCGAAAUCCAUUCGAAUUGAUAAUUACGCUUGUUCGGAAAUGGAACAAUCGAGUGAAAAUCGUGGAAUUCUACCAUCGGGUUCACGCGAAACAACGCCAAUGAAUUCGGAAUCAGAAAAUCAAAAGAGUGGCAGUCCGGAUCAUAUGGAUGACAAGAAAGCAUUCUUUUCGGGAAAUCCAUUUGUUGAAGUCACUAAGGGUAUCAUUCACAUGUACAAGAAGAACGAACGUAUCGAAAUGCAUAAAGGUUUGUCGAAGACAUUGUGUCUAUUUUCCGUGCCAGCUACGCUUAAUUGUCACGACAUAUUGAAUUUUGUCGCACCGUGCCAUCCAGUCUUGCAACACAUUCGCAUAAUUCGAGACGGAACUCCGAAUCAGUUCAUGGUCUUGUUAGAAUUCCGUUCCGUCGAAUCAGCAAUGGAAUUCUACGAAGCAUACAACGGAACGGCGUAUAACAAUCUCGAACCCGAUUCAUUGUGUCAUGCUGUUUGGGUUUCAAAUGUUGAAUGGGGUGACGAUGGACAGCCUCCACUCGGCCACACCGAAUUGCCAACAUGUCCUGUUUGCCUGGAGCGUAUGGACGAAAGUGUCGACGGAGUGUUGACAAUUCUCUGCAAUCAUGCAUUCCACGCGAACUGUUUGAUCAAGUGGGGUGAUUCGACGUGCCCGGUGUGUCGUUGCGUGCAAACACCCGAAUUGGCCGAAAGUUCUGUUUGCAUGGAAUGUGAAGGAACGGAAGCGUUGUGGAUUUGUUUGAUCUGUGGUCAUGUUGGUUGUGGAAGGUAUCAGGGUGGACAUGCAGCUUCUCACUUUCGUACGACUAAUCACACGUACGCUCUGCAACUCGGUAGUAAUCGAGUCUGGGACUAUGCUGGCGACAAUUUCGUUCAUCGUUUGUUGCAGAGUAAAAGUGACGGAAAGUUGGUUGCCACGGAAGAUCGGUCUGGGAACGGAGACGAGAAGAUCGAUUCCAUGCAAUUGGAGUUCACCUACAUGCUCACUUCGCAGCUGGAAGCUCAGCGACGAUUUUAUGAAGAUCGACUGAUGCGAUUGGAGAAUGUAAUUGAGAAGGAGAACAAAUUGUUUAAGGAGAAAACGGACGAUUUGCUGGAGAAAUUCAAUGCUGUCGAAGUGAAACUUCAUGCGGUCACCAAAGAGAAAGUACAAAUCGAGAAGAAAUACGCUCAUGUCAAUGCCAAAAUAACCACACUCAUCAAAGACUUAGCCGAUGAGCGUCAAAUGAACAAAGCUCUACAGUCAAACCAAGCGUCCUGGCAGGCCAAGUACACCCAACUGGAAACGAACUAUCGCAAAUUCCAAAUCGAAAAAGAGGGCGAAAUUACCGAGCUGAAAGACGACGUUCGAGAUCUGAUGUUGCACAUGGAAGUUCGGAAUACCAUUUCGAAGUCCGAUUUAAAGGACGAAAUUGCCACGUCGUCGAUUGUAGUGCCGAAUGCUCCGUCUCAGGAUGUGAAUCAAAAGCAGCGUCGUAAGAAAAAGUGAUUUUGAUUGAGAGGUUUUGUGGGUUAGAUAGUGGCUUAUUUAUGGCGGUUCUUCAGUGAAUUAAAACAAAUUUUCUUUUGCAAACAUA